GCAAUGUAGUGGAUAUCCUUUUGUAAUUAAUUGGCUUUCACCUGGCCACUUAUCUUACAUCAUUAGAUGGAGAUGACAAAGGAUACAAUAAAAGGGAGACAGUUACACAUUAGUAAUGUGGCUGCUUUUUGUGAUGCUGCUUCUCCACCCAACCCUCCCUGUUGUUGAUCUCUACUACAUCAAUUAUUAACCCUCUAAAAACCCACCACAGUCUGCACUUCUAGUGCCUUUCUUAGCUCUGUAUCCAACACAUUUCUGAUAAAUGACAGUAAUUGCUGUUAAUGAGGUGCAUAUCAUCUAUUCUAGACCUACCUAUUUUCAUGGCCAGUCCCUUCAUAUUGCCUCUGCAAUACACCCAUCCAGUGUUGUUUCACCUCAAGAUCAAAAUUAAGAGGUUUACCAAAACAAAACUGGACUGGCCUCUUCAAAAGCAAAUACUACCUAAUCUCUUAGGCAAUGUGCAUGUGCUCUUGUUCACCUGUCAUUUGUGUGGUUAAGCUGAUCAUGUCUCUGUUUGUCUCGCAGAUAUCACUCCGUGCUCUCCUUCUAUUCUGAUUCCCUUUCCUGAUCUCUCUGCACCCACCUCUGUCUAUUGUGCACAUUAGCGCUCUCUUUCCUCCUGUCUGUCUCUUUGUUACCCUCUUUCUGUCCUUCCCCCUCCCUGCGGCCAUGUGUGAUAAUGGGGAUCCCGAGGACAAGCCCCCGGCCCCCCCGGUCAGGAUGAGCAGCACGAUCUUCAGCACAGGCUCCAGCAAGGACCCGCUCUCAGCCAAUCACAGCUCCAAGCCCCUGCCCUCGGUUCCAGAGGAAAGGAAACCCCGCAACAAGAUAAUCUCAAUUUUCUCAGGAGCAGAGAAAGGUGGUAGAAAGAAAGACCGGGACAAAGAAAGACCAGAGAUCUCUCCGCCUUCAGACUUUGAACACACCAUCCACGUUGGCUUUGAUGCUGUCACUGGGGAAUUCACUGGCAUGCCAGAGCAAUGGGCACGGCUCCUCCAGACGUCAAACAUCACCAAGUCAGAGCAGAAGAAGAACCCACAGGCUGUUCUCGACGUGCUCAAAUUCUAUGAUUCUACGGGCAAUGGCCGCCAGAAAUACCUCAGUUUCUCCUCCUCUGAAAAGGAUGGUUUCCCCACAGUACCCCACUCUCCGGUCAAAAAGGGCACGGAACCCUCAUCAACCAAUAUCAAGGACAUUGAUGAUGAUGAUGAUGAUGAUGAAGCACCCCCACCCAUUGUGGCACCACGUCCAGAAUACACUAAGAGUGUUUACACUCGCUCCGUCAUUGACCCCAUCCCCGCUCCAGCCACGUGUCCAGAUGGAGACGCAGCCUCCAAGGCUCUAGACAGACAGAAGAAGAAGGGCAAGAUGUCAGACGAGGAGAUCAUGGACAAACUGAGAACUAUAGUCAGCAUUGGAGAUCCCAAAAAAAAGUACACAAGAUAUGAAAAAAUUGGACAGGGGGCUUCAGGGACAGUGUUCACAGCCAUUGAUGUCGCCACCGGACAGGAGGUGGCCAUUAAACAGAUCAACCUACAGAAGCAGCCCAAGAAGGAGCUGAUCAUCAAUGAGAUUAUGGUGAUGAAAGAGUUAAAGAAUCCGAACAUUGUCAACUAUGUAGACAGUUUCCUGGUGGGGGAAGAGCUCUAUGUGGUGAUGGAGUACUUGGCUGGUGGCUCGCUGACUGAUGUGGUGACAGAGACCUGCAUGGACGAGGCUCAGAUAGCUGCUGUCUGCAGAGAGUGUUUACAAGCACUGGAGUUCCUUCAUGCAAACCAGGUCAUCCAUCGUGACAUCAAGAGUGACAACGUGCUACUGGGGAUGGAUGGCUCUGUCAAGCUCACCGAUUUUGGUUUCUGCGCCCAGAUCACUCCAGAGCAGAGCAAGCGCAGCACCAUGGUGGGUACGCCUUACUGGAUGGCACCUGAGGUGGUGACACGGAAGGCCUAUGGGCCUAAGGUUGAUAUCUGGUCCCUGGGCAUCAUGGCCAUUGAGAUGGUUGAGGGGGAGCCUCCAUACCUCAAUGAGAACCCGCUAAGAGCACUGUACCUGAUCGCCACAAAUGGGACUCCAGAGCUGCAGAACCCAGAGAAGCUGUCUCCCAUAUUCAGAGACUUCCUUAACCUCUGCCUGGAAAUGGACGUGGAGAAGAGAGGCGGGGGCAAAGAGCUGCUGCAGCAUCCCUUCCUGAAGCUGGCAAAGCCCCUCUCCAGUCUUACACCUCUAAUCUUGGCUGCUAAGGAGGCCAUGAAAGGCAACCGUUAACCGUACAAACAACAGAACAAACAAACAACAAUGCCUUCCCGUGCUGUGCCAGAUCUGUGCCAACUGUUUAGGUUUGUGCCAGACAAUAGGCUGAGUGACACCACCAUGCUCCAGCCUGAUAAGCCCUGACAAACCUCACUGUGAAGAAGACCAAAAACAUCCAGAACACAACCCACUGCUGGCCAUAUGAACUCUUUGAUUCUCACUCAGAAACGUUUGAAGACAACUCAAAUGAAAGUGCUUAUUUUCAGAGCAAGGCAUUGUUAUUUUGUACAAGAAAACAUUGGCGGGGGGGGUCACGUUGGGUCUAGUUUUGGAAUUAACAUGUAAUUAACAUAGCUAUCUAGCUCCUACUUUUUGGAGGAAAUAUUACUGCCUUAAAUGCAAAACAUUUCCUACUGCAGGGGUAGGCAACCCUGUUCCAGGAGUGCUGCAGGUACUUCAGGAUUUUGUUCCAACUAGGCACCACACCUGA